UAAGGCUUUUGGUUAUCGUUUUUUAUGGCCUAUUCAUUUGCCAGUUUAUCUUAACCAUUGAGCUUUAUUUAAUAACUACCUUCGGACAUUAUGAUCCCCAUCUUUUAAAGUAAGGCCGCGACCCUUUCACUUUAAAGACCACAGAACCUAGGUAUAUUUUUCAUGGUGAUAGAGCAAUUAGAUCGUUUAUUAUAGGCUGCAGGGGCUUCGGUUCUUUUUCCCAACUAUAAUGAGCAAUUAAAUUGGCUUGGCAUUGUGGGCCUUAAAGUUUCCAUUGGCCAUUGGUAGAGACACAGAAACCAAAAUAAACGGAACCCUUUCACUUUAAAAUCCACAGAACCCCAAAGAUCGACGAAAACGAGUUUCGCCAAAGAGCAAAAAGCCGAGCGGCCAUAUUCCAUAUCCCAUACCGCAUAUCGAAUAACUGAAUAACUGAAUAGCCGAGCAAUAAAGUGUUACUUGGCACAUCCAACAUCCAACAUUCAGCAUCCAACUAGCUCCGUUGCAGUGGCCUAUAUUCAAAAUAGAUCAGAGAUCGACUCGUCGAAGGCAGCUGCACCGAAAGGCUGGAGGAGAUCGGGGGAGAUGAGGAGAUCGCCAUGUGAGAAGAGCAAUACGAAACUAGUUUCCCAUUUGCGCGCUUAUGCUAAGUAAUAAUAAUAAAUAAGCGCAGUAGUCUCUUGUUCGCCGUUCGAGAAGUGACCUAAAAAUACUGGUUUCGAGUGCGGUUUUGGCGUGAGAACGUGCAGCAUAGCUAUAUAGGUAUAGUUAUAGUAUAGCCAAGCCACCACCGAUGGCCACCACAGCCGCCGGAGCAGCAGGAGCCACCGCCGUGGUGGUGAAGCGGCCAGGUCCGCCGGUACCACCCAGGCCCAAGACCAAUGGAGGAGCAGUAGCAGGAGCAGGAGGAGUCCCUCCCGUUAUCCAAAAGAAGCCCACCUUUGUGAGCCAGCUGAGUGCAGUGGGUCGCACCCUGGUAUACAAGUCCCCCAGCGUUAAUCUUCACAAGAAACAGGCCCAAACCCAGACGCCCACCACGGCGGUGCCAACUCCGCCGGUGAAACCACUGAAGCUACGCAAGGCACCCGAUGUGCCGACGGCCAGGCCCAGGGAGGCCACCUCCAUCAGCUCCACGGUGGUGACCGUCAAUCGUCAUAACUCCAUCAGCGUGAUUGGGGGUACCCCGCAGACCACGCCCCGCAAGGAGACCCGCCUGAGCCUGGGCAAGGUGGACUUUGAGAGGUCAGGACUCCACCUCCAGCCGGCUAGCCAGCCCCUGCCCAGACCCAGGAAAAUAGUCCAGCUGCCCGUGGCCACCCUAGAUGUGGAGGAUAUACCAGUGGCACCCAGUAACCCAUCCACUGGGCUCUUUAGGAGAUCCAAGACCACCCUGGAUGGCUGCCAAAAGGAGCAGGCAGGAGCCUCCCCGCAUAAUGGAGGAUUCCUCUCCGGUCGAACCGUGGAGAUCAAGAACAAUCUGAAGAACGCCGCCGAGCGUCUCUUCUCGGAAAUAAUCAUAAACCAGAGCCAGAAACAGGCAGCCUCCGAUACCACCAUUAUAACCAAGCACGAGGCCAUGAAACAGGAAGCGGAUCCUGUCCUGACCAUCCAGUCCUCGGGCAAUUGCAUGAGGAUCAAUGUGAAUGGGGGAUCGACCCAGACAAGCACCAUGAAGAGCUCAAUCAGCGUGGGCAAUACGCCCCAGAAGAAGCAGGCCUUCCACGAGAUGCUUAUCUCGGAACUGGCGGCCAUGAGGAACAAGUCCUGUUCCCUGGAGCAGCUGCCCACCACCAAAACUCCAAUGACGCCCCCGACCACAUCCACGCCCAAAAGCGUUGCAUCACGCAGGCGCUACAACUCUAUCGAUAUAGAUGAUGCGGAUACUGAGGAUGUGGAUGCGGACAAUGUGGAGGAUGCAGAUGGGGAUGUGGAUGAGGAGGAUACUUUGACCUUUGCGGUGAAUAAAUCCCUGCAGGAGAAUAUAGGCAAGGAUGGUGUGUCCUCGAGGAAGCGCUGUCCUUCGGGCUGCUCCACAGAUUCCUCGCCCUACGGAACCGAGAGAUCCCAACGCAUCCGCACCUCGGAUUGGAUCGAGGUGGGCGACAAUGGCACCGCCGUCACCCUGACCAGUUGCCACAUCAGCCUCGAGGACUCCGGCAUGGAGGAUGAGGAGCGGCUGGACGACAUGUCCUCGGGAGUGGGCGAUAGCUGGGAUAGCGUCAAGGAGGCGGAGACCGAGAAGCGUUCUCGCAACGGAAAACGUGUAAAUUCAGUUUGCGAGCUGCCUCCACUGCCGAAAUCUCUGAUUGGCUUUAAUAAACUAUUGUGCUCCGAUUCGGGACUCCUGAGUGAUGUGGAAGGAAAUAACAACAGCAGCGAUAUCAGCCAAAAACCAAACGACACUUUUACAGGGGACAGCCAGGUUAGCAAUGAGAAUGCCAUCGAUAAGUCACUGCCCUCUUCGCCAAACGGAAAUACGGCAAUACCACCAAUAGCAGCGAAAUCCGAAGCGAAAUCCCCCAGUUUAUCCGCCAAAGGAAACCCCCAAGCAGUCGAGGCAGGCAGCACUCUGGAUGCACAAAUUGCGACGCUGCGGAAGGAAAUGAACGGACUGCGUCAACUAGAUCUCUCGUUGUUGUCACAACUGUGGGUGCUUAACGAAUCGAUCCAAGAGUUCCGCGCCCUGAUCGAGGACCAGGAGAACGAGGACGAGGACGACGAGGUGGAGAAUGGCAACGACCUGGACGAGGAGGGCAACAGCCGGAUUUCCUCGUCCGUUGAGUCUGUGAGAUUCGAGGGCGGUGCUGAUGGACGGGCGAAGCAUCUGGGAACCAUACCAAAGGUCAUAACGACGCAGCCAAAGGUGCUAAGGGAGUCGCUGGCCAACAAGGACCAGAAGCCGGUGCCCCGGAUGCGGAGUGCCCCCCCACCGCCUCCUCCCGCCGUUCUGCAGCUGCAGUCCUCCUCCUUGGAGCGAAAACCACCGGCACCCUCACGGCCCACAUGAUGUUACCUCUCGGACUUCCUCGCCGGAGUCAGGAUGGUCAUGUGCAAGGCGAUCGUGAGCGAUGUGCCCGCCGCCUCAUCCACGUCCUCAUCCCUUGGUGGAGAUGGAUCCCAAUUCCGAUCCCGAUCCCCAUUCGGAAUCCAGGACCAGCCGAGCUGUUUGGGCAAUCAAAGUGGCCUGCUCCAAGCAUAGUUUUAGUUGAUAUAACCGAUAAAUAAGGUGUACGAGCGAUUUACGAGCGAAGAACUGAUCUAAAUUUUGGGUGAACUAUGUAGUAGCAGUUCUCGAAAUGCCCCCAAAACAAAUCCUGAUGUGAAGCCUAAAUUAUCUGCUGCUUACCUCAAAUAUAGGAAGACCCAACAUAUGA